AUGUUUAGUUUCAUAUUCAAAUCUUUGCCUUAUUUGAGGUGUGUUGUUGUAUCAACUUCACCAAUAACAACAACCCACAAACUGCAUUUUCUUCAACUCUACUCAUUAUCAUCAUCAUCAGCUCUCAAAUCUAUAUCUACUACUUCAAAUCAACGCUCAUUCACUGUCGAUUACCUUAUUAAAUCAUGUGGGUUUCCUCCAGUAAAGGGUCUCUCGGCCUCCAAGCACAUCAACUUCAAUACCCCAGACAAACCAGACUCUGUCCUCGCACUCUUCAGAAACCAUGGAUUCACCGAAACCCAGGUCUCACUUCUCCUCAGGAAAUACCCUCGGGUACUCUUGUUCGAUCCCGAGACCACCGUCUUCCCCAAAAUCGAAUUUUUCCACUCCAAAGGUUUUUCAACCCAAGACAUUGCUAAAUUACUAUCUACAGCACCAGAAGUUUUGAGAAGAAGUUUGGAAACCCGUAUCAUCCCAUCCUACAAUUUCUUGAAGGAAUUACUCAAGUCCCAAGAAAAAACGAAUGCCGCUAUUAAACACUUUGCUAGGCUUUUGUUGUAUGAUCUUCACAUAUCUGUAGCACCCAAUAUUGAAGCUCUGAGAGAAAUAGGUGUGCCCGAAUCAAAUAUUGUGACUUUCUUUACUAAUCAGCCUAGAGCUCUCACAGCUAGUACUGAUAGGUUUAAGGAGAUUGUGGAGGAAGUAAAGAAAAUGGGCUUUAACCCUGAGAAAAUGUUGUUUGUUAUAGCAGUUGGUGCAUUGAAGGGAAUGAGUAAAUCAAAUUGGGAAAAGAAGGUGGAGGUCUACAAGAAGCAGGGUUUGUCUGAAGAGGAGAUUCUUGUGGCUUUUAAGAAGAAUCCAUGGUGUAUGGUAGCGUCGGAGGAGAAGAUUACGGGGAUAAUGGAUUUUUUUGUCAGUAAAAUGGGUUGGGAGUCCUCGAUCGUUGUGAGGUAUCCGGGGCUUAUUCUCCUGAGCUUGGAGAGGAGGAUCAUUCCACGGUGUUCGGUUUAUCAGAUUCUGUUGUCGAAAGGUUUGCUUCGGAAGAAAUUUAGCUUGAAUUGGAUGUUGGUGUCUUCUGAAAGUCAAUUCCUAAACAAGUUUGUGAAAAAGUAUGAGGAAGAAGCUGCUGAGCUGUUGAAGUUAUAUCAGGAGAAGUUGAAUCCUUCCAAGUAA